AUGUUUAAAAGUGAUCGAUUUAAGAAAGUGUCUCAAGCCUUUAAGUCACCCAAAUCAGGUGGUUCAGCAAACAGAAGUGCAAGCAGUUCUCCCAUUGUUCCAUCAAGUUCAGAUGGGAAGUUUAAAAGUGUUUCCAGUUCUAUUAAGAAAGUAAGUCCUAUUUCUCAAUCGCCCGAUGCUAAGCUAUUUAACUCACAUGUGGUUAAAUAUUCUGGGAUUAAGGGUAAGAUCAUUGCUUACACUUUCGAUUUCACACAGAGUUUGAUGGCUGUUGCCACUGAUCUAAACGAAAUUCAUGUAUUUGGUCAGGGACAAGUUGAAGUAGUUUUUACAUUAUCAGUAAAGGGUGCUAUCCGUACAUUAAAUUUUGUUAAAGGUAUAUAUUUAGUUGCUAUUGAUUCCAAGGAUACAUUAUUAGUGUUAUCACUAUACUCAAAGAAAGUAUUAGCAUCAGUAUUUAUUCCAAGUCAUAUCACAUGCGUGGAGACAGACCCCGGUAUCGAUUGGAUUCUUCUUGGUUUACAGAAUGGUGCUGUUAUGGUGUACGAUGUUGACCGUAACAGUUUCUCUGGUGUCACCAUUGAAAAUCUUCAAAAAUCGGAAUUCUUUCCUAAGGAAAUCAUAUCACCUGUCAUUUCAGUUAGAUGGAAUCCAAGAGACCUGGGAAAUAUUUUAAUCUCUUAUAAUUAUGUGACAGUCGUGUACUCAUUGGUAGAAAUGGAGAUCAAACAAAGUUUUGUCUACGAACUUCCACCGUUUGCUCCAGGUGGUGGCAAUUCUGAUAAAAAAAUUGAUACGAACAGAAAACCUAAAGUUGUUCAAUCAUUAUAUCAUCCAAACUCUUUGCACAUUUUAACUGUCCAUGAGGAUAACUCAAUGGUAUUUUGGGACGCUAAUACAGGCCAUUUGAUUGAAGCAAGAACCCUAUUUGAAACAGAUGUUAACAUUCCAAAUCCUAAAAGAGAGAUAUUAAUGGACGCACUAGGAUCACCUCAAAUUUUUAAAGUGUAUUGGAUAUGUAUGAAUAAUCCUGAAUAUACUUCGCUAUUGAUCGCUACCAAAAGUUUAGCUAGGGGCGAUACUAGCCAAGGUAUAACUAUUCUAGAUCUUGGUGGUACCCCAUUAUAUUCCAUAACUUCGUACGAUGCAAUGCAACAAUAUUAUGCCAGUCCCAAACAUCAAAAAUUAUGUCCAUUAGUAAAUAGGGCACCACUAGUAGAUAUAUUACCAUUACCAAGAGCAUCUGCUCAUUUUGGAGGUUGUCACGAUCCAGCAUUUGUCCUGGCAUUAUUAGAUGAUGGUGAGAUGGAGACAUUACUGGUUCAAUCUGGUUCAUUCACUUCAAAGGCAAGUUUAUUAUCGCAAAGUUUAUCAUGGACCAGACCUAUAGUUACAACUUCAACUGCAUUCUCUGUUCCUAAGAAAUUAUGGUUAGGUUUGAUGUCUACGUACUCUACUGUGAAUGAAUCAAUAUUGAAAGGUGGAAAUUCAUCUAAGAAGGGUAUGAGACCAUCUGAAAUUAGAACGGCUAUUGCCACAGGUCACACUAAUGGUUCUGUCCGGAUUUGGGAUGGUGCUCAAAAUGAAUUAGAUGAUAAAUGUGUGUUUGAGGUUAAUGUAGGCCGUGUUGUCAACAGAGCUCUUCAUCUAUCUAUUUGCAAGAUACAUUUUGCUGCAGAAACAUUGGAACUUGCCGUUGCCACUGAGCAAGGUGAAGUUAUUUUGUACAAAUUUGAAAUGAAUCAGUUCUUUAAGGAUAACAAACAAAGCUCAGAUGCCGAGCUUGAUAUGAUGUUUAGAAGGUUCUCUCUUGAGGAUUCCAAGGAUAUUUUGGUAGACGUGAGAGAUAGGGCACCUCCGAAUGUCAAACAGGGAUUUAUGCCUAGCACAGUGAUUAAUGCAAAGAGAGGCGAGGUCACUGCUUUAUAUAAUAGUAACAUUGGAUUUGUUGCAAUUGCCUACUCAAGCGGUGCCUUAAUAAUUGUUGAUAGAAGAGGGCCAGCGGCAAUAUAUAUGGGCCAAGUGGGAGAUAUUCCAAAGAUUAGGGGAACAUGCAUUACCUCAAUUAAUAUAUCCAUUAUGGAGUACUCAAGCGACGGGUAUUCAAGUAUAUUGAUGUACUGUGGUACAGAUUCUGGUGAAUUAAUAACAUAUAAAAUUUUACCAAGUGGUAGUGGUAGAUUUUCGGUAGAUUUUGUCGCAAUCUCGAAAACUAAUGAUGGUGGUCCAAUCAUAAACAUAUCUUCCUAUGCAAUGGCUUCAGGAGGUAGUUGCGAAGGUACUAUUAUGAAGAUGCAAGAGUUGACAAGGGGAUCAUGUGUCACUGGGUAUGUUAUUGUUACAGGGAAGAAUGAUAUUAGAAUUGUUAAACCGGGAAAAUCUAAAGAAGACCAUAAAUCAUAUAGACAUCCAAUUGUUGCGUCUGAUAUAUCAUAUAUUUUGAAUUAUGGAUCAAAGGGUGAAGCCAGAAUAACUACCUUCUUGGUUGUUGUUUUAAGUAAUGCAACUGUAAAAGUCCUUUCAUUACCUGACCUAAAAGAAGUAAAAUCUAUGGACCCACCUACCCCUGUGAGUUCACAUUACAUAACAGAAACAGCAGUUAUCAAGAACGGUGACGUCUUUAUGAGAAUAGGUAAAUACCUAUCUGUUUUGCUAUCUAUUGUUAAUGAACAAAGUAAUGCUGUCCCUGGUAGCCCUACACUUUCAUCAAAUGGACCAGUUGUUGAUACUCUUUACAAUCCAAAUUUAAAGAUUACUUAUAGACCACAAGUUAAUUCACUACAAUGGGCAAGAGGUACAGUUUAUUGUACACCUGAACAAUUGGCUCUGGUAUUAGGGGGCGAAAACCGUCCUGAUUCGAGAUAUAAAGAGAGCGCGAUUGCAGCAGGAACAUUGUCGACAGAACCUCAUUCUUCGGAACAUGCAUAUCAAAAACCUAUAAGACACGCUAACAAACAUAAUGCUGGAUAUGGUUACAUGAGAGGGAUAUCUCGUACUGUCGAAACACACUGGGACAAUAUUGAGACUCAAUUUAAUGAUUAUGCUACGGCUACUGGUCAAGCAAUGAACGAUGCGAUGGAACAGACAGGGAAAGAUAUUGUGAAAGGCUCUUUCGGUUUAUAA